UGGAAUGAUGGCGACGGAUUGGAAAGUCUGUUAUCGAAUCAGGAUCUGGAUGCUUUAUUUUCUAAUGGGGGUUAUUUGCACCGUGAUCGAACCCUGUGUCUGUCACACAUGUAAGCACCGCGUCCCGGACUUCAGGGAGGUGAUUUAUCAAGUUUAUAUACAGCCACCUCGAAUUACCAGGAGGAGUGUUGAUCAGCAUCUAAGAAUAAAAAUUGUAUAUGAUUUAAGCAUUGAAUAUCUACCCCUGGAUAAGAAGUAUUUAGUAAAGAAUAAACUGUUCCCAAAAGCGAUUGCGUAUUUACAAAACACAUUCCAAGUUCGAAAAGUAAUUGGUCCAAUUCUACUGAGCAGACCAUGUGCAACAAAUCAGUACUUAAGAAAAAAAGAUGACCCUUAUAUGUAUUGCCAAGGUGCCUGUGCUAAUAUCACAAGAUGUGGCCCUGUGAUUGUACCAGAAGAACAUUUGCAGCAAUGUCGUGUGUGCAGUGAAAAUGGAAGAUCUUGUGGAUCUGCCGGAUUAACUGAUGGUCCAGGAGUCAAGGAUGCUGAUUUCUUACUCUAUGUGAGUGCACUAACAACAGAACGCUGUGGACAAGAGGAUAUUGUAGCCUAUGCAGCAUAUUGUCAAUUGGAAGCAGAAUUGGACAGGCCUAUUGCAGGUUACGCAAACCUGUGCCCAAUUAUGAUCCCCACUGAGCCACAGGAGUUUCAAGGCAUGUUGUCAACUGUUAAACAUGAAAUUGUUCAUGCAUUGGGCUUUUCUGCAGGGCUUUUUGCUUUUUACCGUGAUGAUGAGGGGAAACCUCUAACUAUGCGAAAGGCAAAUGGUCUUCCACCUUUUAAUGAAUCACUUGGAUUAUAUCAGUGGAGUGAAAAAGUUGCACGCAAGGCAAAAAGGUUAUGGAGUGUACGGGGUAACAACAAACUUGAUCAUGAGGUUCUUCUUCUUGUAACUCCUCGAGUUGUUAAGGAAGCUCAGCGACACUUUAACUGCUCAAUCCUUGAAGGAGUGGAACUUGAGAAUCAAGGUGGAAUUGGUACAGAACUGAACCACUGGGAAAAGAGGUUGCUGGAGAAUGAAGCAAUGACUGGGUCUCACACACAGAACAGGGUAUUCUCCAGAUUAACCUUGGCAGCAUUAGAGGAUACUGGUUGGUACAAAGCCAAUUAUAGCAUGGCAGAGAGAUUGGAAUGGGGUGAAAGAAUGGGCUGUGAUUUUGUAAUGAAUAGUUGCAAAUUCUGGAUUGACCAACAACGGAAGAGGAAUAAGAAUGUAACUCCAUAUUGUGACACGCUGAGGACAUCGCCAUUACGGUUGAUGUGCCGACAGGACCAAAGGGCUGUGGCAGUAUGUAAUUUAGAAAAGCACCCAGUUUCUGUGCCAAAAGAGUACCAGUAUUUUGAUUAUCUUGAUGGUGUGCCCGAGGAAGAGUUGCAGUAUUAUGGUGGAUCAGUGGAGAUAGCUGAUUACUGUCCUUUUAGCCAAGAAUUCAGCUGGUACAUAAGUGGGGAGUUCCAACGUGGCUCUGAUUGUAGGAUUUCUCAAAAUCAGCCAGAGCCUUCUCGUAACUAUGGAGCUGAAGAAUAUGGACCAGAGUCUGUCUGCCUAACUCAGAAAUCUUAUUUUGUUAUGCAGCAGUGCAACAAGAUUCCAGGCUCUCCAGAUUGGGGUAGCGGGUGCUAUAGGAUUUCCUGUUCAACUGAUGGACUGAUCGUUUGGGUUUCAGAUAAGCCUCAUUUAUGCAGUCGAAUAGGGCAGGUACUAUUUGUUAAUGUAAAGAUGAAGGACUGGGUGUACACAGGAAGUUUGGUAUGCCCAUCUUGUUUUGACUUCUGCAGUGCUUGUCCACCAGAGCGUGAGCCACCAUUAAGUAAUUUCACAAGGAUGACUCCUAUAGAUCCAUGCUCCAGCUCGUCGGGUUUGGUGGUUACUCUCUGGCUAGUGGUGACUAACUUCCUCCCUCUCAUAGUAGGAUUCUUCCUUUGUGUAUGGAACUAACUACAGUGCACUUUCCAUUAAAGGACCUAAUUAAAGUUGUGCUGUUUGGAUCAGGACACUGCCACAGCUCAGCAUUGAUCUUCAAAAAUACAUUAUUUGCUUUUCCCACGGGACUGAAGUUUGUUCAUGAAAGAUACAAGGAAAGAUUGCCAUUUUUGAUGAACUACUACAAGAAACAAUGAUUCUGAAAUGAAGAGGGUGCUACUACUGUACUGUAUUUAAAAAAAACUGAACUACCUCUACAGUACUAAAAUGAAUGAAGAUGCAAUCUCUUCUACGAUUGAAUACUCCCAACUAUUUAUCUUAAUUAAUUUUCAGUGUUUGAACCUCCUGUCUAAAUGGUAUUGAAUUGCACAGAUUUUUGAGUAGUUUCAGUAACUGUCAAUCCUACCAUCACUGUUUGCACUUACAUUGCUUGCAUUUUUUUGAUAUUUUGUCUCAGUUACAUCAAAAAACAAUCCCACAUAAAUAACCCUGUUAAAGUAUGAUAAUUUUGCUAGCACAGCAAAUUCUUAUUUGGAUUAUUGUCCUAUUCGAAGAAAAAAACCUACCUUAAAUAUUACUUAUUUCUUAAUGUAAUACUACUCUGCCCAUGUGUUAACCCUCUUCUGUUUUUCUUGUGCUGUAAAGUUAAUCAGUAUUAAUGUCUGUUACUUUGGGCACCAUGGAAGAUAGUGGGGCCUCUUAUUAAGAUUAUGUUUGAAAUUAUUUAACACAAAAUUGAAGGGAUAGAUUAAAAUGUUGAAGGAAGCUGGAUCAAGCUUUCUCUUCUUCAGACCCUUAAUGGCUCAGUGAUUUUAGACACUGAAUCAUUAUAUAAAGAAUUCAAGAUGAAUUGGGCCCAACUAUCUUGGUCUCCAUGAUUGAAUUCUUGUGACCAUUUUAAGCCAUGUUUGUAAAUGAAGAAGUGGCCACUUGGUUGAGGCAUUGAUAGGUGCUGCCUUACCCCCCCCCAAUAUGAGACUAUGCCUCAACAAGAAAUUAGCACUUUAAGGUCAGAAGGAGAAAAAGCUGGUGGGAAAAUAUACUUUUGUCAGUUUUUAAGAACCUUAUUUAAUAUAAAAUAACUUUUUACAUGACACCGCCUAAGUGAUAAAAAUUCAUAAUUACCCAAAAUCAUAAAAUUUAACCAUAACUAAGAUUACACUAAACAAAUAUCCAGGGAAAGUGAAUUUUUGGUUUUGUGUCAUCUUUGUUCUAUAAUGGACAGAAUUGUCAUAGUGCAAUAAAUUUUACGAGCACUUAAAGUUAUUUUUAGUUUUUUUUUAUAUAGGUCAGCAAUUAUUUUGUAGUGGUGUGGCACAAGAAUAAAAAAUAACUAUAACGAAGAAAUUUUGUCCUUGUUUGCUUGUGCUGAAAGCAUGAUAUAGAAAUGGCUGCUACUGGUACCUCUCUUCAAUUCUAUUGAUUUCAAUGGAAAUUUUCCUUGAAUAGCAGUAAUUCUCUAUGAUAAAUAAUCUUUCAGGUGGUUAGGUUGGUCAACUGUAAUGUAUAUGGCAGAGUAGAAAUUUAGCCUCUGUCUGUUCCAUAAAACACCCGAUAUCUUGCUCAUUGCAAUGUAUAUUCUACUUCUAAAAAUUAUUUAUGUUGAAAUCACUUUUAACUGUGUGAAAAAUUAUUGCUCUCAAGAUGACAGUUUUCACAUUGGACUGCAGUACCAAAAUGAUCAAGAUGAUGCUUGUACACAAAAAAAAUGGCCGAUUGUAAUCUUUAAGAAUUUUCUGUGGUCCAUUUGGCAUCAUGCCACAAGGUGAUAAUGUAAACCAAGUACUUUUAAUUGACAUUUAUAAAAAUGGAAAGUCUAUUGAUGUAGUGCAUCAUAUUCACUUUCAGGAAUAUGAUGCACUACUUCAAUAGACUUUCUAUUGAUGUAGUGCAUCAUAUUCCUAAAAAGUGCUUUGUGAAUUUGUUGCAUCAGGUUAGUGAAUACUCAUGAAACUGUUGCAGACAACAAACAAAUAUGCUGUAUUUUUCAACAGUUACUUGAAUUAUAUUAGAACUUUCCUACAUAAUAUUUGUUUUGCACUCUUUGAAUGUAGUUCUUAAAAGUGCGAUCAACAUAUCUCAGGUUAUGAACAAUGAACAUCAGCUAAAUUUGUGUCUAAUUAAUACAUACUGUACCAACACUAGAUUGAGUAAAUAUUUUCUCUGCUCUUUAUAUUAUGCUCUUGGUAACUUAUCAGGUUUCUUUAAUAAAAUAUAUUACUUUAUUGCAUAAAGCUGCUGUGGGGACAAACUAUGUGCAAUGUAUCCAUUUUUUUCAGAUUGAUUCUCAAAUGUAAAUGAGGAAAUUUGCUGUAACUUGUAAUUAACAAUUGUUGCACUUGGUUUGUGAAGAUGUUUGUACAUGUAUUUUAAUUUUUUUCAUAUUUUGAAUUGAUAUUGGAGGUUUUUCAUUAUGCUCUUGGCAAUUAAAUCUAGAAGUACACUGACCUUCAGGGCUGAUUAUUUGCAUGUCAAAUAUAGAAAUUGCUCAGAGUAAACAAGUAACUUUUUUUGAAAAUAUUAUAUAAUGGAAGAUGAUGAAUAGACAUUGCAAUGUACAUGAAAUUAGACUGGAUAAUAUACAUUUUUCAUUUCCAUGAAAAGAUAUUAAACCAAUAUUUUUGAUUGUAUAGUUGGGGCCAUUUUUUUUAUUUUAAACACUGCAGUAAA